AGUCAAAGGGCCGGUGCCGUUUCCUCUCUGCCUCGUCAGCCGCCGGAGGCCAGAGCCGGUGGAUAUUAGUGUGGGUUAAAUUUCAUAUUGGGCCGUUCUAUAAGUUUGUCUCUAAGUGAGCAAACUAAAGUCCAGUUACAAGUAAUUUUUUUACAGCUCAUAAACAGAUUUUGAUUGAGCAGCUGUCUGUUUUCCGAUCAAACUUUCUCAUCCUUUCUUUCCUUCAACGUCGUUCUAUCUCUGUUCUUGUCUAAGAAACCUAGGUUUCCAGCGCAAUAUCGGCUAGAAUCGGCCUAAUUCAACCUGAUUUCGCGCGUCACUUUAACCAAUAAAUCGCUCUUAUUCUCCCUCAUCGGGAUCCAUCUCUCUUCUUCUCUAUCUUCGGCGACAUCUGACAAAUUUCCGGCCGCCUUCCUCAUCUUUCUCCCUCUCCCCCUUGCGUUUACUCCAGGCAAACCUGCGGCGGAAAGACCGAUUCACCCGGUUGCCUAUCCGCCAAUAGAAGCUUCUGGUCCACCACCUUUCAUCUUGUAUAUAGGCGAGGCUUCAAUUCUCAUCUUCUCUGUUAAAUGUAAAUUUCGUUGCUUUUCCAGCUCCAAUUGUCCGUUUCCUGAUAGCCUGUGUUAAAGCCCCUUCCGAUACUGUGUUGUUGGCAGUUGUUUUUAGACACAUCGAUACCGAAUUGCUGUCAGAAAGAGAAAGAGGGAAUCCUUUUGUGAAGAAUCAAGAACCGGCAUUCUUAAUUGAUUGAUAAGUUUUUUUUGACUGGGGGAAAAGAAAGCCUGCAAAGAUGGUGUUGGCACAGUUGGGAGGGAGCAUCUCCCGAGCUAUACAGCAGAUGAGCAAUGCCACCAUCAUUGAUGAGAAGGCACUGAACGAGUGUCUGAAUGAGAUCACUCGUGCUCUGCUGCAAGCGGAUGUGCAGUUCAAGCUCGUCAAGGAUAUGCAAACCAAUAUUAAGAAGAUAGUCAAUCUUGACGAUCUUGCUGCUGGUCACAACAAGCGGAGGAUCAUCCAACAGGCGAUAUUCAAUGAGCUCUGCAAAAUGUUGGAUCCUGGGAAGCCAUCUUUCACUCCAAAGAAAGGGAAAACAAGUGUAGUCAUGUUUGUUGGUUUACAAGGCUCUGGGAAAACUACUACAUGUACAAAAUAUGCAUAUUAUCAUCAGAAAAAGGGCUGGAAGCCUGCUUUAGUUUGUGCGGAUACAUUCAGAGCUGGUGCUUUUGAUCAGUUGAAGCAGAAUGCGACCAAAGCUAAGAUUCCAUUCUAUGGAAGCUACAUGGAAUCUGAUCCUGUAAAGAUUGCUGAGGAAGGUGUAGAAAGGUUCAAGAAGGAGAAUUGUGAUCUUAUAAUAGUUGAUACUAGUGGUCGUCAUAAACAGGAAGCUGCCCUCUUUGAAGAAAUGCGUCAAGUUUCUGAAGCCACGAAACCAGACCUUGUCAUAUUUGUCAUGGAUAGCAGCAUAGGUCAAGCUGCAUUUGAUCAGGCCCAAGCAUUUAAGCAAAGUGUUUCUGUUGGAGCUGUGAUUAUUACUAAAAUGGAUGGUCAUGCAAGAGGUGGUGGUGCUCUUAGUGCUGUUGCUGCAACAAAGAGCCCUGUCAUCUUUAUUGGAACAGGAGAGCACAUGGAUGAAUUUGAAGUAUUUGAUGUAAAACCAUUCGUUAGUCGUCUUUUAGGCAUGGGUGACUUAUCUGGAUUCAUGGAUAAGAUACAAGAGGUUGUUCCCAUGGAUCAACAGCCCGAACUCCUGCAGAUGCUCUCAGAAGGGACCUUUACUUUAAGGAUUAUGUAUGAGCAGUUUCAGAACCUUCUUAAAAUGGGUCCAAUUGGCCAGGUAUUUUCAAUGCUUCCAGGGUUUAGCUCUGAAUUAAUGCCAAAAGGUCGUGAGAAGGAAAGUCAGGCAAAGAUCAAGCGGUAUAUGACCAUGAUGGACUCUAUGACAAAUGAAGAGCUGGACAGCACAAAUCCAAAGCUGAUGAAUGAGUCACGGGUGAUGAGGAUAGCAAGAGGGUGUGGGCGUCCCAUUAGAGACGUUAUGGAGAUGUUGGACGAGUACAAACGACUGGCCAAGGUUUGGAGCAAAAUGAAGGGGCUGAAGAUCCCGAAGAAGGGGGAGAUGAGCGCAUUGUCGAGGAAUAUGAAUGCGCAGCACAUGAGCAAAGUUCUCCCUCCCCAGAUGCUGAAGCAGAUUGGCGGCAUGGGUGGCCUGCAAAAUCUGAUGAAGCAAAUGGGCGGCGGGAAGGACAUGAUGGGAAUGCUUGGAGGUGGAGGCGACGGUUGAAAACAUUGGAUCUGAGCGGGCGUAGACAACUUACAAUUUGGGCUUUUAGUCGCAUUUGCAAUAUGGGCUUCUAAAGGGGUCGGACCACAAGCAGGACUAGGACCUGGACCUGGAAAUUUGAGGGGGGAAUGGACGCGUUCGUGGGGAUGUAGUCUAUCGGCCAUUACAUCAUAUGUAUAUGGAGUAUGGACGAGGUGGUUGUGCGUAGAGGUGAGCGGCGAGUGGUUUUAUGCGGAUGUAGAUUUGGAUGGGUUUGGAAUCACCCACUACGUGGUGGGUGAAUAAGAAAAUAACAUACUAUCUACCCAAGUAUUACAUGUGGGUUGAGUUGAGUGAUUGUUGAUGAUGGGUGGUUGGGUGGAUUUGGUGGGUUUACAAAAUAUAUUUCAUACGAUCACAUAAUUUAAAUAGUUGUAAACUUAAAAUGAAAGAAUUUUCAAACU